AGAACGUGUUCAAUUUUAAUCAUCAAUAAUAGCAGAGGCUGUCAGAGACUCGUUGGGAAUCAAUGACCGAAAGGAAUUGUACAGCGAAGAAAAUAGAGUGAACGCAAAUCAAGGAGGCCUGGACAUGUUGUUCAUCACACACGUUAUUCCCACACUACUGCUUUUGAGCGCCUGGAAUGUCACUAGAGGUUUUACGGAAACUUCAACUUGCAUUCCAACAGGUCGUCCAUCAUUUCCAGUGCCCACCGGUGAUGGCAAAUUACAAUAUUCGUCAGUAACUGGUGCCUCAAAGAGGCCAAGAACUGUAUUAGUUAUUCCAGGGCCGUACGAGGUGAUAUUCGAUUAUCCACCACAAUGUUACAUGGUAGCCAAGGAGAUUACAAUCGAGUCAGAAGGCAGCUGUACUUUCCUGAUAGACACGAGGGAACGGAUUGACUCAAAAUCACCUUGGACACGAUGGAAUCCUACCCAUACUACAAAGAGCAAGCAAUCGUCUAGGUCUGGUGGAAUGGUAGUAGAUCGAGUUAAGUUUAUAAUCUCUGUCCAAAUCCUCAAACACCAGUUAAAUCUUCGCUUUACUAUUCCACCUGUAUCUUGUAAAGUGGCACUCAAUGGUAGUGAGCCCUACAUUACUGUGAUAUCAGAAGAUAUCGAUGAAUGCAAGAAUAUAACAACCUGCAGUCCUAGUCCCAGAGGUACCUGCACUAACACAUUCGGCAGUUACAAAUGCUCUUGUAAUGCAGGAUACACUAAUGGAUCAACGUGUCAAGAUCUUGACGAAUGCUCAAUUACCCCUGGCGUCUGUCAACAUAUCACAGAUAGUAUCUGCAAGAAUUCACCCGGUUCUUAUCGUUGUCAGUGCAAUUCAGGGUACACUGGAGUAACAUGUCAAGAUAUAAACGAGUGUGUACCAGACACGGGUAUCUGCAAGAGCACAGCUAACAGCCACUGCAACAACAUUCCUGGCUCAUAUCAAUGUCUUUGCAGGACUGGAUAUACAGGUUCAACAUGUCAAGAUAUCGAUGAGUGCACACAUGAUACGGGUGUUUGCAACAAUAUUGCUAACAGUCAAUGCAACAAUACACCUGGAUCAUAUCAAUGUGUUUGCAAGUCUGGCUUUACAGGAACACCUUGCCAAGAUAUCAACGAAUGUAAGGUCCACCGAGAGAACUGCAAGAGUACGAUCAACAGUGAAUGUAACAACACCAUUGGAUCGUAUGAAUGUGUGUGCAAGAAAGGAUACUCUGGAUCAUCAUGUCAAGAUAUUGAUGAAUGCAGUCAACAUGGAACGCACAACUGCACUGCGAGACUGAAUGGCGAGAAUCGCACUUGUGAGAACACCGACGGUUCGUACCAGUGUCCGUGUGCAUCUACUGAAAACACAAUCCUAGAUGAGCACUGUGCAGAAAAGCAGGACCUCGCUAGCACCGGUUCAGCUACACUCCCUAUAGCUGUGGGUGUGCCUGUGCUCGGGCUGGCGCUGACUGCUCUACUGAUAUGGGUGAUUGUCCGCAGGCGACGGAAAGCAUCCCUGAACGUCGUAGGUCAGGACACGAAAACCAGGGAAAUGCGAGCUUACGAGAAUAAUCAAUUUUCUGUCAUGCCACGCAAUGAAAGGGACGUUAUAAACGUUCAAGAUGGGGUUGAAAGGCGUGAGCAGGUAGCAACGCAUGAGAGCCCUACUAAGGAAAACGUCUACUCUCUGCCCAAGAAGCCGAAAAAACCUGGUACGAGCAAUGGAGAAAGUGAGGAGGGCAGCAUCAUCAGAAACAAUCGGGCAACCAACAACGACGGAACAUGUGGAUUGUACCAUCUGGCGACCGCCCCGAUUGGAUUGUACCAUCUGGCGACCGCCCCGAUUCACGACCUCCAUGUUGAUACAGUAUCACCUUCAACGUCACCUCCCAUGGCUACAUCAACAGAGCAGAAGAGUGGAUCGUCCAUCACAGGAUCACCCGUUACGGCUUCAGCACACUGUGGCAGGCAGACUGAAGAUGACCUGGAAUUGCUUAAGGAGAGUGAGAUUGUGUAUGACAUGAUCAAACAGAGCCAACGUGCAUCCUGUAUCCAGUCCCAGUCACAAUAGUCACUACUGGCAGCCUUUCUAUUAAUCAUCACAAACACUCUCACAGCAAAGCCUCUUGUAUGGACAAAGCAAAUUUUUAAUGUGCUUACAUAUGACGCAAUAUCUCAAUACAAAAAAAUGAUCAAAACGCCAAGAAUCAGAAGAAAACACAGUAACAUGAUUGCACACGUUCCAGCCAUGAACUGUAAGCGCAAUACCAUAUCUCCACAAUCACCAGUUGAUCUCCUUUGCCACGCCAAAUGCCAAUACGUGAAUAAUUCACACUGAAAACCACCAGCGCAUUACCAGUGGAGCAAAACAUUGUCUUUCGUAAUGUCCUAGUGGCCACCAUUUUUGAAUCUUUGGCGAACCUCUAUCACAUAGUGUAGUUAUGUAACCCUUUCCCAUGUUCAAGCGGUUCUGGGCACCGAGCAGUUACAGGUAUUUCUCAUUGUCUUUGUACGGCACACGCAGUUGACUAUGUAGCUUUCUGCUUUGUACAGACUGGGAAUAGUAUAAUGCAAAGAAAAAUAAGCAAAGGAUACAGGGGAUAAGUAGUAUGUCCUGUCGGUGAACAACUAGAAUCUCUUCAAUGUAUCUGAUGAAACAGCAAUAUUUCUGCUUUUUCAAGCCGACUAUCACCGUUUAUUUACAGCUUUCCAAUAUUUGCAUCAUUCCGAUUAUCACCGUUUAUUUACAGCUUUCCAAUAAUUAUAGGCAUCAUUCCGUUCCAUUUACAUUUGUAUUGGUUUCUUCGGCGUCACCAAAUCUAGUGCUACCAAUAUCCGCGUACCACGUGUAAAACUCUGUGUAGGUUUUAAACAGCCUUAUCGCCUGUUUAUAAUUUGUACUUGUCAUUCUUACCAGUUUGAUACUGCUCUAAAGAGUGAGAAAGUGUUGUCUGCUUAGAUUUCCCUCUGCUUAAAACAAUUAGUACACUGGUGAUUUUUACCGGUAGUUGUUGAGUCUCCUUUUAAAAG